AUGGAUGAGCGGAUCGACGAUUGGAUCAGUGGAUCAGUUGGUGAGGAGUUUUUGUUUCUGGAGAAUCUGGACGACCAUCUGCUGAAGUGUCUGUGGUUUGCAGUGUUCUUCCAACCAAUUGAAAGUACUUCCAGACAAUUGGGUAAAGUUUGUCACUUCGACCGACUUGUCGAACGACUGGAACAGGUUGUCAAAGAUGGCCUCAAAGAUGCCAAACUUGACGUCAUCGGUGAUCUGAUUGGUCUGGAGUCCCGGCUGCGACUGUUGGUGCAGUUGAACCAUCUUCUCAUCUCGAGAGGAUGGCCGCCUUCGACAGCUUAUAGCUGGUCGUCGAGUCGUAUUGAGAACACGCGGGNGAAUGAUGUGAUCAAUUGCACUGAAGACCAACAGAACCAACUCUUGGAUCAAAUCACUAUCAAGAGAUCCAGAGCUCAAAGUGAAUGCAAGGCUCCUGACGAUGGAGUGGACAGUCGUACACAUGAGACUGCAUUCACUGCCGACCAAUGCUUCAAACGAAUCGAUUCUGAUCUGAAGAAUACGCUGAAGAAGAAGCACUUACCACUCGGAGUGUUGGCGACCAUUGAAGAAGAAAUCACAGCCUUCUUCAACGAGAAGCCGUUCGCCACCUAUAAGUCGUGCCUUCAAUCCACAGGUUCAACAAAAUCGGGGUUUCGACGCCUUCUACUCCACGCCUGCUGUCAAUAUCUGGACCUCAAGUGUCUCAGCUUUGAUGCAAACGGCGAGCGCUGGUCCAGAGUUAACAAUCGCAACAAAUAUUUCUCUCAGCCGUCAGUAAUGCUCACCGAAUACCUGGAGAACCGAUUCACCAAUUCUUAACAUACUUUGCAACCAUAUAUACUGUACUUGUUUUAUAUAACUUUACGACAAAUGUGUGUAACACUGCCUCAAAAUGUGUGUUUAUUUU